AGCGGAUAUAGUGAAUGCAGGGUCCGGGGAGACCGGAUUUAGUGAAUGCAGGGUCUGGGGAGACCGGAUAUAGUGAAUGCAGGGUCCGGGAGAGCGGAUAUAGUGAAUGCAGGAGUCCGGGGAGACCGGAUAUAGUGAAUGCAGGGUCCGGGGAGACCGGAUAUAGUGAAUGCGGGGUCCGGGGAGAGCGGAUAUAGUGAAUGCGGGGUCCGGGGAGACCGUAUAUAGUGAAUGCAGGGUCCGGGGAGACCGGAUAUAGUGAAUGCAGGGUCCGGGGAGACCGGAUAUAGUGAAUGCAGGGUCCGGGGAGAGCGGAUAUAGUGAAUGCAGGGUCCGGGGAGAGCGGAUAUAGUGAAUGCA